AUGAUAUCGCCGGCGUAUACUGUGCUGUUCCUGGCACUCGCAUGUUCCAGUGUCAAUGUCAUUUCCACAGUAGCGGAUUAUGAAACAAACAAACAUACAAACACAACAAAUAGCAAAAGAAUGAAAAUGAAUAUUAGGACCAAUGUACAAAAUAUAUAUGAUGAAAUUUAUACUGAUAACGUUUUAGAAACAAAUUUUAAUAGCCAUAAGCAGAAACUAGAUAAAUUAGCAAAUAAACACAAUGUACAGAACCAAAGCGAUGUAAAUAAUAUAAAAGAUAUAGGCGAUGUAAUAAAUAAAAGUGAUAUAAAUAAUCUAAAUAUGAAUCAAGGUAAUAAAGAAAAUGUAAAUAUAAUACCUAAUUUGAUUGAAAAUAAUGGAAGUGAUGUACAGAAAAUCAGUAGAAGAGGUAGGAGUUUUGAAAUGUACAUGCCAAGAAGAAGAGUGAAAAGAGAAGAUGAACCGGAUCCUAGAUGCGAGAAUUUCAUGUUCAAUAAUAAGGAUCAGAAGUAUAUAUCUCAUCCGCACGGGAGCGAUAGCAAAAAUAACUAUUAUUAUAGCAAAUUGGACUGUGUCACUGUUAUAAGUGGCGACGAAGGAAAAGUGGUGGAAUUAACGUUCGUCGAUAUGUUUCACAUUGAAUUUCAUCCUGAAUGCACUUACGACUAUCUAGAAAUUCGCGAUGGGUUGAGGGGUUAUUCUAAAUUGAUAGACAAAGUUUGCGGCGAAGCCUUCCCUCGCCAAAUACGCACUACGGGCCCGAAUGCGUGGCUGAAAUUCCACUCGGACGACACCAUUGAAUACGAAGGAUUCAGGAUAAACAUCAAUUUUGUAGAACUAAGUACUAGUGUUAGCAUACCAGAGAGCUGUAAUAUGCUAGUGAGUGGAACUCAUGGGGUGAUAGAUACUGCUAAUAUAAAUAAGGACUGCAAGACAAGAAGCUCCAAUCAAAAUCUAGACGUGCUUUGGACUAUUACAACACCAGAAAAUACAAAGAUAUACUUAAAUUUCACGUCGUACGCUUUGGUGAAACCAAAUGAGUGUGAAGAUAACGUGGUGGAAGUCUUCGGCUACAUCUUGGAAUACGAGUCGAAGUUAGCUCACUACUGUGGCUCUGUGGCGAAUGCUGUAACCACGAAAGGAGACGGCAGCAAGAGUAAGGAGGACAGAGGGAAUAUCAUGUACGUUCGUCUUUUCACUUCCAAGGUCGGAAAGACAUCUUCUUUCCAAGCCACCUUCACUGCUUUUAGGAGCUUGGAUCCUAAUAAGGAUGAAAAGUGCGACCCAGAAACGGAAUUCAACUGCGAAGACAACACUUGUAUUGACAAGUUGUUGAAAUGCGAUGAUGUGGCGCACUGUCGACUCAAAGCUGACGAGGAGCACGACGAUUGUAAGACGCAAGCAGAGUCCACGAUCAAACAGCCCCACAUCUUAGUGAUUCUCAUAAUAUUUUCCCUCAUUCUAUCCGGGAUGAGCUUUGUCUUCCUCUUCAAAUGCAUCAGGAAGCUUUAUCAGGAUCACAAGAUCAUCAAAGAACACAUUCGUCAAUCCUGUGAAGACCGUCUGGACAGUUUAGUGGCGAGUAGACUGACCCUGGAUGCCAAGAGACUUCAGCGGGACAGCGAACCCAGAGCAAGUCUAGAAAGAGAAAACCAUACCAACGAGAUGUUUAAACAGCAGAGGAAGUUCUCGCAACAAAAAAUACGACCCACAAGCAUAGACUCAGACUUCAUACAAGAAACCCAUUUGGACAUGGACGAUGAACCAUGGAGACGAGAGGUUGAAGCGGAAGAUGUGAAAAUAGAACAAAACGGAAAGAGAAGAAGCGAUUUAAGCAGGAAAGAAGAAUCCAUGAGAAGAAAAGAAGAAGCGAAAAAGGAGAUUCGAGAUGUAUCAGUGGGUGCACCAGACACUAAAGAAUCUGGAUGCCAGACUAGAGAGAGUUUGUUCCAGACGGAAACCGCUUUGAGCUCAGAUGGUUCGGGCACAACGAAUAGCAGAGGCUUCUCGACAUUCGGGUACUCCGGUGCGACAAUAGCUAGGCCUUCGCCACCGGCUCCUACCAAUACCUCACAAAUCACGAUAGAGCUUCUGAGACAGGCCACGCCUCAAGAGACAAAACAACAGAAAAAGAUUCCCGACCGUCGUCCAAUGAGCACGGAAACCACGCGAUCUGCCCCUGACGUCAUCAUCGUCUCCAAGCCGAUUCGCUGA